CACGGGGGUGGUGGGAGGGGGAGCCCAGGGGUCCGCUCACCCUGUAGUGUCUGCUUGUGAAUUCUGCAGCACAAGUUGUGGGGACAGACGUCCCCACUGAGGUCUCAGCAGCUGCCAAGUGUCCCCGCUUGCGAGGACCCGCUUGGGACCAGCGCUGAGCAGAAUUUAUCUGCGAAGGAGGCGGGUGUCUCCAUGACACCUGCCACCUCUGUCACCCUGUGGGUCUGUGUUUCGUCCCUGUGACCUUGGGCCUCAUUGUCUCUGACGCUCUCUCUUUGGUUGUUAAGUUUUAAGAAUCACGACGUUUAUUUUGUGUGUGGGGUGGGGGACCAGGUCACAAUGCCCAUGUGACAGAGGUCAGAGGGUCUCUCCUUCCACCCCAUGUGGGGAUCAAACUCAAAUUGUCAGUGUCUUGUGAUGAGCUGUCUUACAGUCCCCUGGCUCUCCUGAGUCCCUUUGUCUGGCUGUCUCUGGGCUCUGUGUGACUCCAUGACUCAGUUUACCUUGUGAUCUUAGGGAGUCUGUGAUGGGUCGUGUUGGGGGAUCCGAGGGUGCUCGACUUCUCUCUCUGGCCUCAGUGUCUCCUGGGGUGUCCAUGACACCCCGGGGGGGACACCUUCUGAAGGGGGCGGUCUGGGCUGGAAGCCUUGGGUGUCCUUGAUCCCCGGGGCCUGGCCGUGUGUCCUGGCCACCCCAGCCCACCUGUCUCUAUGCUGACUUAGUGCAAGGCGAGCCGGCGCGAGCGGAGGGGCAGGUGCGGUGGGGGAUGGGGAGCAUCUAAAAAUAGACACCAGGCUGCGGCUUCAAGGGCUUUGGGUCUCUGUCCUGCCCCACCCCCCUCGCUCAACUUGGUCGGCCUUUCCCCGUUGCCUUCCAGCCCUGAUCUGAGGCAUGGAUGUCCCCCAUUGUCAGACCUGCAGGGGUCUAGUAAUAAAAAGGGCAAUAAAAUAAUAACAACUGCAAUAAAAGUGAUAAGUCUGGAGAGAGGGCUCCGGCAGCAGCAUACAGUUUGUUUUGCGAGCAGCAGGACCUAGUUCAAACGCCAGAAUCCACAACUCUAAACAAAAAAACAAACAGAGCGGAGCCAGGCAGUGGCAGUGCACGCCUUUAAUCCCAGCACUGGGGAGGCAGAGGCAGGCGGAUCACUGGGUUCGAGGCCAGCCUGGUCUGCAGAGUGAGUUCCAGGAUAGCCAGGGUUACACAGAAAAGCCCUGUCUCGAAAAACCAAAAAAAAAGAAAAAAAAAAAAAGAAAAAAAAGCUAAAAAGCUGGCUGUGGCAGAGAAUAUCAGUAAUCCCAUUGCUGGUAAGAUGGGACAGAUGGAUCCCUGGGUCUCGAUGGUCAGCCAGCCUAGCUCCAGGCCCAUGAGAGACCCUGCCUCAAAACAAAUAAACAAACAAAACCAAAAAGACAAAGUUGACGGCACCUGAGGUCACCUUUUAGUCACCGUUGGAACGUGCACAGCCGUGCGCAGGCAUGACCCCACCUAGUCCCAGCUGUGGUUUCAUGCCAGAUGCCAGAUCCUACCAGCCGUCACUCCAACUCAGAGAUCUGCCAGUCCCAUGGGAAAGCCUCGGUCCCCAGGAUACAGAUGUCAGAGAGGUCCAGUCACUAGCCUGGGGCCACACAGCAGUGACUUAGGAAUGUGGAUUUGGAGCAGGGGACCUGUAGACACCCAGAGGCAGAGGGACUCAGAGAGGUGGGUGACCGUCCUGGACCUGUCCUAUGCCCUCACCUGGACUGAUUUGGAUUGGGAAUCUCAACGGAGCCUUUAUGCCUUCUCUCAGGGGUACACAUAUAAUCUCUACUCGGGACCUCACAGCUUGUUGGCAUUGGCUUUCAAUUUCUGUGACAAAACACCGCAGUCAAGGCAACUUAAAAAGGAAAGCAUUAAUUUAGGGCUCACAGUACCAAAGGGUUAGAGUCCAUGACCAUCACGGCAGAGAGCGUAGCGGCAGGCAGGCGCGGUGCUGGAGCAGUUGCCGAGAGUGUACAUCUUUAUCCACAACCAGGAGGCAAAGAGAGCCACCCCCACUGACACACCUCCCCCACAAGGCCACACCUCCCAAUCCUUCCCAAACAGUUCCACCAACUGGGUACCAAGCAUUCAAAUGCGAGCAUGUGGGAGCCGUUCUCAUUCAAACCGUCACAGACCCCAGAACAAUAACUGAAUAGGAUAAUGCGUGUCAUAUGCCAGGCACUGGCCCAGGUGCUUUACCUGUCCUCAAAUCCCUCCAAAGAGGUGAGCACUGUCACAGUCUCCACUUUACAGAUAAGGAAACAGAGACUCAAACAAGUUGCUCAAAGCCACACAGCUUGUUGUAAGACGGAGAGCUGAGAUGCAAACCCAGGCCAUCAGAUUCCAGAUCCUUUGCUCUUUUUAUCCAUUUUAUUUAUGUAUUUUUAUUUAUUGAAAGGCAGGGUCUCACUCUGUAGGCCAGGCUGGCCUUGAGUUCACUGCAACUCUCCUGCCUCAGUUUCAGGGUCUUGGAAUUACAGGCAUGGGCCAUCAUGACCAGCCAAGACCUCUAUUCAGUCUCUCUGGGUUAAGACAGUCCCAUGCAGCUGGGGCUGGCCUCCAACUCUCUAUGUAGCUGAGGAUGACCUUGAACUUCUGAUCCUCUAAGUGUUGGGAUUACAAGCAUGAGUCUCCAUAUCCGGUUUUGCUGGGAACCAAACCCAGGGUCCUGUGCAUGCUGGGCAUGCACUCUGCCAACUGAGCCCCAGCCCCCAGAUUCUAAAAUUUUUUUUUUUAUCACCAUACUUCUCUGGCUUGGGACAAAGGGUUUCAUCCUCUUUCCCAGCUAGAGAGACUGGGUCCCUAGCAAGGUCACACAGCCAGAAUGUGGCCACAUCAGGCCAACUUAGGCUGUGGUUCUCAGAGAGAGGACUCCUCCCACUUCAAGCCCAUGGUCUGACUGACCUCAAGCCCCCAGCAGCUGGGUUCUUGAGUCUGAGCUCACCAUCCCCUCCGCCUGCACAGGGUCCCACAAGCCGCCACCAUGCCGUUCGGUAACACUCACAACAAGUUCAAGCUGAACUACAAACCCGAGGAAGAGUACCCCGACCUCAGCAAGCACAACAACCACAUGGCCAAGGUGCUGACCCCCGACCUCUACAAGAAGCUUCGAGACAAGGAGACCCCUUCCGGCUUCACUCUGGACGAUGUCAUCCAGACCGGGGUGGACAACCCAGGUCACCCCUUCAUCAUGACGGUGGGCUGUGUGGCCGGUGAUGAGGAGUCCUACACGGUCUUCAAGGACCUGUUUGACCCCAUCAUCCAGGACCGCCAUGGCGGCUACAAACCCACGGACAAGCAUAAGACCGACCUCAACCACGAGAACCUCAAGGGCGGAGACGACCUGGACCCCAACUACGUGCUGAGCAGCCGCGUGCGCACUGGCCGCAGCAUCAAGGGCUACACGCUGCCCCCGCACUGCUCCCGCGGAGAGCGCCGCGCCGUGGAGAAGCUCUCCGUGGAAGCUCUUAACAGCCUGACAGGCGAAUUCAAAGGCAAGUACUACCCUCUGAAGAGCAUGACGGAGCAGGAACAGCAGCAGCUCAUCGAUGACCACUUCCUGUUUGACAAGCCUGUGUCCCCUCUGCUGUUGGCCUCAGGCAUGGCCCGAGACUGGCCCGACGCCCGUGGCAUCUGGCACAACGACAACAAAAGCUUCCUGGUGUGGGUGAACGAGGAGGACCACCUCCGCGUCAUCUCCAUGGAGAAGGGGGGCAACAUGAAGGAGGUCUUCCGCCGCUUCUGCGUGGGCCUGCAGAAGAUUGAGGAAAUCUUCAAGAAGGCUGGUCACCCCUUCAUGUGGAACGAGCACCUGGGCUACGUGCUCACCUGCCCCUCCAACCUGGGCACCGGGCUGCGCGGAGGCGUGCACGUGAAGCUGGCGAACCUCAGCAAGCAUGCCAAAUUCGAAGAGAUUCUCACCCGCCUGCGUCUGCAAAAGCGCGGCACAGGUGGCGUGGACACGGCUGCCGUGGGCGCCGUGUUUGACAUCUCCAACGCCGACCGGCUGGGCUCGUCCGAGGUGGAACAGGUGCAGCUGGUGGUGGAUGGCGUGAAGCUUAUGGUGGAGAUGGAGAAGAAGCUGGAAAAGGGCCAGGCCAUCGACGACAUGAUCCCUGCCCAGAAGUAGGCGCCGCGCCAGGCUCACCGGCCAGGGGUGGGCAUCUGGAGCCCCGCCCCCCGGAAGUCCAAUCAGUGGGCUUUGUCCUCUGGCUUCUGGCCAAUGAGAACCCGCCUCUCCGGAGCCCCGCCCACCAGCUGGAGCUCCCCCCCCCCUGCGCGCUCCCGAGCGCAUCUGGAGCGCACGCUGCUUCUCCAUGCCCAGCCUCAAAUAAAAAGUCCGUGGUGGCCUUA